GCUGGGCGGCCAGGUGGUUCCCUCCUCUCCUAAUCAGAGACGCGAGAGGCGUCGCCGUCGCGCUUCUCCCCCAGAGCUUCCCGCGCCGCCAGGAAGAUGCUCCCCGGCUCCAUGUCGCGCUGCGCGGGAUGCUUUCGGUGGCGGCUGCUGUGCCUGGUGGCGCUCCUGGCGGAAGGGGAAGGCCAGGAGUCGGCGGCGGGGCGGCUGAGCCCCUACUUCGGCACCAAAUCCCGCUACGAGACCGCCAACCCGCACCUCCUGCGGGAGCCGCUGUCGCUGGGGCCGCCGCAGCCGGGCUUCCCCUUGCCGGCGGCCUCCUGCACGCCGCUGCGGCUCCACGCCGUCAUCCGCCACGGCACCCGCUUCCCCACCCGCGGCCAGAUCAAGAAGCUGGCGCGGCUGCACAGCCUGGUCGGGCAGAGGAAUGGCAGCUGCCCCGCCUCCCUGGCCUUGGACUGGUGGGCCAUGUGGUACCGCGAGGAGAUGGACGGACUGCUGGCCGAGCGCGGGCGCCACGACAUGAGCCUGCUAGCCCGCCGCCUGGCCGCCCGCUUCCCCGGCCUCCUGGCCCCGCAGCGCCGCUUCGUCUUCAUCUCCAGCCACAAGUCCCGGUGCGUGAACAGCAGCGAAGCCUUCAGGGACGGCCUGUAUCGGGCGCUCCACGGGCAGCAGCAGCAGCAGCAGCAGCAGGCGCCCACGCUGGAAAGCAAUCCGGCUAUGCUGGGAGACAUUAAAAUUAAUGACACAUUAAUGAGAUUUUUUGACCUGUGCGAAAAAUUUGUAAGAGACGUGGAAAACAAUAAGGAAGCUAUGCAUGAACUGGAUGACUUCAAAACAGGUCCUGAGAUGAAGGAAGUGAUAGAGAGAGUUGCGGAUAAAUUAUGUCUACAAGCGGAUCAGUUAAAUGCAGAUUUGGUUCAGGUGGCAUUUUUCACGUGCUCGUUUGAGCUAGCUAUCAAAAACAUCAGCAGCCCCUGGUGUUUACUGUUUAGUAGAGAAAAUGCCCUGGUACUUGAAUAUCUGAAUGAUCUAAAGCAAUACUGGAAGAGAGGAUACGGAUAUGAGAUAAACAGUCGUGCCAGCUGCAUUCUUUUCCAGGAUAUCAUCACAAAUUUGGACCAGGCUGUAGCAGAGAGUAAAAAUUCAAAGCCUAUUUCUUCACCUGCAAUCCUCCAGUUUGGUCAUGCAGAGACCCUUCAACCACUCCUUGCUCUCAUGGGUUACUUCAAGGACAACGAGCCUCUUAAAGCAAAUAACUACCAUAAGCAUAUGAAUCGGAAAUUUCGUAGUGGCCGAAUCGUCCCUUAUGCUGCAAACCUGGUUUUCGUGCUUUACCAUUGUGAUCAAGUCCAGUCUCCCAAGGAAGAGUACAAAGUACAGAUCCUGCUCAAUGAGAAACUGCUGGAAUUUCCUUGGUCAAAGAAGACGGUCAUUUCAUUUGCCAACCUGAAAAACCGCUAUAAAGAUGUCCUUCAGAAAUGCCACUUCACAGACGUGUGUGACUUGCCGCAGAACAGUACUGCUUGUGCUUGAAGUGGGGGGAAAGUGCAGUACAGAACAUAUCCUGGAUGUUGAGUCAAACAUACUUUUUUCUUGGGGUGGGCAUGCUCUUGAUUGGGGAGGCAUACUGUUGCACUGCUCUGCUUUCAAACCGCUUCUUAGACUUCUUGUAAUUUAAAACUCCAGCAAAAGCAAGCAUUUAUUCAAUAGCAUUCAGAAUACCUCAGGCAUUUCUGUAAUAGCUCUGUCCCUGAAAAAGUACUGCUGUUGCUGGAAUCAAGAUAAUCAGGAGUAAGAAUAUUCUAUUUAGCACACAAGUUAAUUUCACAUCAGUCCCAUUUUAUCUGAUAUAAAUAUUCUGGACACUGUGAAUAAAAAAACAAACCCUGCUUCACUGGAAUAAUCAUUUGCAAAAACAGCCAAAUAUUAUGUAUCAAUAUAGAUUGAAUGUCAGGUGGCUUUAAAAACUAAAACACUUGGGUACAGUUGUAAUCCUACAAUUUAUUACUGAAAUCAUUCCUUUCCAAAUGGAACAUAUUUAGGAUCUAGAAAAAACUGCCCAAUGACAGAUGUGUGGGUUGUCAACUUGUUCAGACCUGAAAUAUUUUUCCCCAGUUUAUUUAGUUUUGGCUGGUGAUAGUGUGAUUAUAAUACAAUUCUGUGGCUGCAGAAGGAGAGUAAUGUCCAGUUUUGCUAUCUGAGGAGAAACCAGUCCAAAUGGUUGUCAUUGUCUUCUUUCGUGACAGUGAAGAUGAAGAGCCACUGGUUAGAGCACGACAGAGUGAAGAAUUACCGGGCUUGGUGGAGUAAUAUAAACGGAACAUUAUAAAGAGGGGGUCUAGUGCUUUCACAAAUGUAACAUCUAUAGCAAGUUGUGUAGGGCUUUUCUUAUGUCGAAAGAUUUCUAUGGCCUCUCCCUGUUCUGCACUAUUUUUGUCCCUUGGGUCGAAUCUUAACUAAAUGGGCAACUUUCACUGAGUCUCCCUUCCUACUGCAAACUCCCCAUCACAUCAUUCCUUAGGGUCCCCGUAUUCCCCAGGGUUCAUGGAGAUCAAUGGACUGCAGUGGAAAGGUGAAGGCAGGAAAGUUCCUUUCUGUCAUUGGUAAAUUUUGUCUGGGCCCAUCCCAUUGUGUUUGAAAUCCUUUGCAUUCCUAUGGGGAGGCUGGAGAUAUAUUUUGGUAGGAGAAGUACUUGUUUUUUGCCAGUGGAAGGUCACUUUCACCAACUGGUUAACAGUUUUCAGUAUCUACUGAGCCCUGGGGGCAGCAUUUCAAAGAAUGUGGUGCGCUGCAGCAGGAGCAGAGACGUAUCUGCCAGUGAGUCUCCUUCCACAACCAGCACACCACUCAAGGUUCA